UGGCCGAGGUUGGGGACGACCGAUGACCGAGCUAUACCUCGAGAUUCGACAGGCCGGUGAUCACAAGCUGCAAGCUGUACGCUUAUAUAUAACACCAUGCGAGGCUGGUGCGACCAGAGAUCAGGGAGGACUUCCUCUCGAUCCCUGCAGCCUCCUGUAAACCUACGACUCGUCAAACUCGCUUUCCCCGCUAGAAUAUCGUCAUGGCCUCCCCACUCCGAGUCCUUGUCAGUGGUGCCGGCAUCGCAGGCCCUACCCUUGCCUGGUGGCUAGCCAAGACCGGAGCUACCGUCACCAUCCUCGAAAAGACCCCUCAACUACUUCCACACGGCCAGAACAUCGAUAUCCAUGGUACCGCCAUCACGGUCGCCAAGAAGAUGGGAUUGAUGGACGAGAUCAGGAAGAAGAACACGACGGAAAAGGGCACGCAGUUCAUCGCACCGGACGGGAAAGGGUUCGGAAGGAUGGGGAUGAAGAAGGGGUCGUCGGCGAGCCCGACGAGCGAGUACGAGAUCUUGAGGGGCGAUCUGGCCAAGGUCUUUCAUACGGCCGCCAAAGAUCUCCCCGGGGUGGAUUUCAAGUUCGGCAUGUCUGUGAAGCGGGUCAUCAAGAACGACGACAAGGAGGUUGAGGUGGAACUGAGUGAUGGGAGGGUGGAGAAAUUCGACCUCUUGGUGGUCGCCGACGGUCAAUGGUCCAGGUUACGCAAGGAUUGUUUCCCCGCCUCGGCCGUCGAGGUGGUCGACUACAAUCUCUUUGUCGCCUAUUGGACGAUGAAGCGGGAAGAGACGGACAAUGACGAUUGGAACAUCUACCAAGGAGUCGGACAGAGGGGGAUGACGCUACGUCCCGAUCCUUAUGGGACGAUCAGGGCUGCUAUCACGUUUAUGCCGCCGACUCCGGAGAUAAGGAAGGAUUGGGACGAGGCUUCGAGAUCGGGGGACAAGACACUCCAGGCCGAUGUUCUCAAACGCGAUUUCGAAGGCGUGGGGUGGCAAGCUGAAAGGCUCUUGGGCGGCAUCUCUACCGCCCCCGACUUUUACUUUCACCCGAUCCAACAGAUCCGAAUGUCGCAAUGGUCCUCGAACAGGGUAGUCUGUCUCGGAGACAGCGCCUGGGCUCCGACCCCGCUUACGGGAAGCGGGACCACGCUGGCCAUCUUGGGGGCUUACGUCCUUGCUGGGGAGCUCGCCAAACUUUCUCCCGGUGAACAUCCCGGUCGAGCUUUCCAGGCGUAUGACGAGGCUUUCCGACCGUUCGUCAAGGAGACCCAGAGUUUCCCCGUCUGGGUGCCUCGGUUGGUACACCCCAAGACGUGGUGGAGGAGAUGGUUCACCCAGAUGGCACUGGCGGGGGUCGUCAGGGUCGUCACUCACCCUUGGGUGAUCAGGUGGAUCGACCAACCGGCGGAUACCGAAGAUUACAAGUUGCCCGAGUAUGCCGAGUUGGAUGAAGCGAUUAAGGGGAGCGAGGUCCCUGUCUCAGGUUGACGUAACGUCUUUAGGGAUUUCGACAUGUCCGGGUGGACUCUUGAGAUGUGCAGCGUUUUUUUCCCCCUUCUCUUAAUUCUUUGGCUUGAAGAGAACAGACAAGAAAGUCUAGUAUCAGUGCCUAUCCUUCUACCCACGCAAAUACGAGACUAUUGUAAAACAAGUGACGAUACACUAUGUGAUACGACAACGGAACUCUGCCUGUAGCAGCUCGAGGUUGCACGCCAUUUUGGUUCCGCUCGAGGCUAUGAUCGGAACCAGAUUUCACCUUUUCCGAUGGGUUAAUGAUCACGUGAUUUCCA